AGCUGAGCGCAGGCGCAACGGGAAGCGGAAGUAGGAACUGGGAAAGGAAGAAGGAAAAGGUUUGCCUUGUCUCUCCGAGGGAGCCGCGGUCCUCCUCAUCCCGCGGGAAGAGGCGGGUGCUCGCUCUCGCCAGGCUCCUCCCCGCCCCGCCCCUGCCCUGGAGCCGCACCGCGGCUGCCUUCUCUGCCAGCCGAGAUGGCGUUCGACCCCGCAGAUCAGCAUCUUAGACAUGUUGAAAAAGAUGUUUUGAUCCCUAAAAUAAUGAGAGAAAAGGCCAGAGACAGGUGUUCUGUACAAGUUCAAGAUUUUACCAAAUGUUGCAAAGAUUCUGGAAUUCUGAUGGUAGUAAAAUGCCGGAAAGAAAAUUCUGCAUUGAAAGAAUGUCUAACUGCUUACUAUAAUGAUCCAGCCUUUUAUGAAGAAUGCAAAAUGGAAUACCUGAAGGAAAGGGAAGAAUUCAGAAGAACUGGAAUUCCUAGCAAGAAAAGGCUACAGAAGCUUCCCACAAGCACGUAGGCAUAAUACUCAAAUGACAGUCAAGAACUCAUAUCAUACAGUAAUUAUCUGUGGUAUAAAUCAUGUGAAAUAAUGGAUUCAAGAUGAAAAUGUUUCCUUUAUCCUAAUUAAAAUAUUAAUUUUAUAUGAAAUAAAGAUUUUUAUUGCAAAA